AUGGCUUCUUUUAACAGAAGGGAGAUGGCCAAUUCUCUUCAUCGCCUAUUAUCCUCAUUGAUUGAAACUUCCAUACCCAAGCUGGGGUUAGAGGUUGCUCAAUCUGAACGCUUUAUUCUCUCCUCUUCAGCUUAUUCAGGGAGGAGAUUCAUCAGCUUUUCAGGACUGCAGCAGCAUCAAGAAAACCCUAAACCUGCAAAAGAAGAAGAAAGGAUCCAUGCACAUCUUUCAGGAGCGGAAGAUAACCUUGAAAACCCUGAUACUUCAGGAGAAGCAAAUGAAGAAGAAUAUGAUGAUGGUGAUGACCCUGAUAUAAACAAAGAGACUGGUGAAAUUGGAGGGCCAAGAGGACCAGAGCCAACCCGAUAUGGUGACUGGGAGCGUGGCGGUCGAUGCUCAGAUUUUUGA